CCAAGACCGGCCGCAGGAGGAGGAGGGCGGUGACGCGGCGCUGAGCUCCUCACACGCCGGUAGUGACUGACACCAGACGGCGGUGUAACUGCGGACCGUGUACUGGCGCUAGGUCUGCCUCCUGGAGUUGCCCCCCCCCCCGAAGACUCGGCGGACGGCUGGAGAGGGAAAAGGAAAAAUGUCCAACGUCAACUGGCAGCCGUUUGUUUUCGGCGGGCUCGCCUCUAUGACGGCGGAGUGCGGCACCUUCCCCAUCGACCUGGCGAAGACGCGUCUCCAAGUCCAAGGCCAAGUGGGCGACAGCAAGUACCGAGAGAUCCGCUACAGGGGCAUGCUGCACGCCAUGGCCCGCAUCGUGCGGGAGGAGGGGCCGCGCGCGCUGUACUCGGGAAUCGCUCCGGCCAUUCUGCGCCAGGCCUCCUAUGGGACCAUCAAAAUUGGCACAUACCAGAGUUUCAAGCGGAUGCUGGUUGAUCGGCCAGAGGACGAGACGUUGCUGACUAAUGUGGCGUGCGGCGUUCUCUCCGGCGUCAUCUCCUCCUCCAUUGCCAACCCCACGGACGUGCUCAAGAUCCGCAUGCAGGCUCAGGGAAAUGUGAUCCAGGGCAGUAUGAUGGGCAACUUCAUCAACAUCUACCAGCAGGAGGGGACAAGAGGGCUGUGGAAGGGCGUCUCUCUGACGGCUCAGAGGGCAGCCAUCGUGGUCGGUGUCGAGCUGCCGGUCUAUGACAUCACCAAGAAGCAUCUGAUCCUGUCGGGUUACAUGGGGGACACCGUGUACACUCACUUCUUGUCCAGCUUUGUGUGCGGUCUGGCCGGGGCUCUGGCCUCGAACCCAGUCGACGUUGUCCGGACGCGUUUGAUGAACCAGAGAGGAGUAGCUCUGUACCAGGGUACACUGGACUGUUUACUGCAGACGUGGCGCUCCGAGGGCUUCAUGGCCCUCUACAAGGGCUUCUUUCCCAACUGGCUCCGCCUGGGACCUUGGAAUAUCAUUUUCUUCCUCACGUACGAGCAGCUGAAGAACAUCAACGUGUGAUCCGCGGAACGGCCGGCCGAACCGAGAAGAGACUUGUGUUGGCACGUGCUCCGAGACGAGCUGAGAGGACCAAAAUCGGGGAUGGCUGGGACGAGGGCUGGUUUCUUCAUGAAACCGCCGACGGGAGGUUCACGUCGACUCCCCCAUGUUAGGGCCUUGGACGAGAAAAUUUGCCCGAUUCCCGUUUGGACCGUGUCUCCCCAAAAGUCUGGGAGGGACCGUGACACAAACAACUAUCCAUAUUUGACGUUUUAAGUUGCCAAAAUGCUACUUAGGGCUUAAUCCAGAUUGAAAUCCGAUAACGGCCCCCUCGGAUCCACUUCGAGGCAACUUUUUACGACGCACCAGUAGUGCGAGACAGUUGUUUAUUUCAGUCAAAAGCCGUUUUUAAAAUUGGCUCCGCUGUCACGAGGAAGUCUUUAAGGCGGUCUCCGAAUGGAGUGCCUUAACGUGUUGGCACAAGCCGUCCAAGCCUGAGUUGCAAAACGACUGAGAAUGUGGGAUAGCAACUGACGACUGCAGUGGUUGUCCCCCCUUUUUGAAAAGAAAACACGUCCGCGAGUCAACAAACUCGGAUGAGGAUCGGGUGUCUUCUCUUUUUUAAAUUUUUUUUGUUGUUGAUAUUUAUAACAUAUUUCUAAAUUGACCAAUGGGUGUUUGGAAAGGUGAACUGAUUCAAUAUUCGCCGAGUUGCCACCGAGUAUUUACAGUGUCGAACCCAGAAUACAUUACUGUGUACUUUGUGAUAAAUAACAGUUACAUAAACAGCCUGAAAAACCAAUGUGGGUCCUCAGAUGUCACAUGCCCAAAUAUGGCAAGAAGCGGUCCCAGCAAGGGGCAGACGGUGAAUAAAACCACGGGCCCCCCGUGUUCCUGUGUUUUCAUAUACGCUGCUGCAAGAACUUAAUACAGCACAGACACGUAUGUAAGCCCGCUUAUUAUACCUCGCACAAAUUAGAGGUGCGUCGUUCGGUGUGUAUCACCUGCAGGCGCUUAAAUCCACUGCACGCGAUCCACAGUUAACCCCAGGUAUAUAUUGUCUUACACUUUAUUUGCUCACGGCGUACUUAUCUGUGUGCUUUUGUUGGUAGGAAUGGAAAUGUGGGUCUGGCUUGUUAUGUGUCAGCUGCUGCUGCUGCUGCCAAAGUGUGAGCCAGCGUCAUUUUUUUUUUUUUCAUACAUUUGAUGCUGAUGCAACUGCUGCUCUGUGGCAAAUGUUUAUUUGAAAUAAAAGAGAAGAAACCCCAGUA